GGCCGAGGGGCGGGCGGACCCUCCGCAUUGUGCGGCCGCGCCGCUGCCGCCGGGAGCGCCCGGGGCCGAGCCGGGCUGCGAGCAGAGAGGCUCUGCAUUGACGUCACAAUGACACGGUGAAGCUGAAGCCAGGAGCUGGGAACAGUUCUUGUGCUUCACUUUUGGAAAUUGAGGGAGUUUGCCACCACUGCCUUCCUUCCAGCAUGGCCAAGAGUGCAGAGGUGAAGCUGGCGAUCUUUGGUCGGGCUGGCGUGGGCAAGUCAGCUCUCGUGGUGCGGUUCCUGACCAAGCGGUUCAUCUGGGAGUACGACCCAACACUGGAGUCGACGUACCGUCACCAAGCUACCAUUGAUGAUGAAGUGGUUUCCAUGGAGAUACUAGACACAGCUGGCCAGGAGGAUGCCAUUCAGAAAGAGGGACACGUGCGAUGGGGCGAGGGCUUCGUGCUGGUUUACGACAUCACGGACAGAGGCAGCUUCGAGGAAAUGCUGCCGCUUAAGAACUUGCUGGACGAGGUCAAAAAGCCCAAAAACGUCACGCUGAUCCUGGUGGGCAACAAAGCAGACCUGGAUCACUCCAGGCAAGUCAGCACGGAGGAAGGGGAGAAGCUGGCCACAGAACUGGCGUGUGCUUUUUACGAGUGCUCGGCCUGCACGGGAGAGGGGAACAUCAUGGAGGCCUUCUACGAGCUGUGCCGCGAGGUGCGGCGCCGCAAGAUGGUCCAGGGCAAGACUCGGAGGAGAAGCUCCACCACCCACGUCAAGCAGGCCAUUAACAAGAUGCUGACCAAAAUCAGCAGCUAAAAAGGAGCUGUCCUAAGCCAGAGAAGUGUUUUAGACUGUAUUAGCUUGGAGUCGGGAUGGGGCAAGCAGAGUUUAGUGAGAAAUGGUCGAAUUUUUGCAAUGAAGAAUAAAACCACAAAAAGAAAAACGCCACCACUUUUUGGAGUAACACGGAAUCAUACUGUUUUCCUGUUUUGAAAUGUAUUUAGCCACACUGCUUCUGACUAAUGUGGGGAAAAAAAAAACAACAAACAAACACCAAAUGAACUCCAAAUGACUAGACAAUUGUGGGGAUUGGCAACCAAGAGAGAAUCUUCUGCUUCUACAUGGCUAGCUCCAAUCCCCUGCAAGUCAGUAGUGCCUAAACAUCACUUCCAGCCAGACAGCUGCUCAGUAGCCUUUGGAGAGUAAGAUUCAGCCCUCAGUCCAUCAACAACCAUCACAACUGGUGUUCUCCAGGACUGAAUAUGUGUAGAGGCUGCUGUGUGGAAACAAAGUUCACCUGACACUUUCAUCAGCUCUGAGUUGGCUCACUGUAUGCUUUCACUCCUUCCUUGUUAUUUUUGUCAAAUCCCUGAGUGUUGAUGUUCUUAGUAAGGUAUGGAAAAAAUAUAGGAAAGGUCUAUUUCCUGGAGUGUUUAGCCAGCUAGACACACAUUUCAAGAGAGCUAAAGUUCAGCUGCUCUUCCAGCUCCUCUGAAACUGCAGAGUUCUCCAAAAUAAUCAUCUAGUCCAGCAGUAUUUCACCAUUUCCCCCUCAAAGUGCUUGGGGAAAUGGGAGUAAAGUUGGGAAAUCAAACAGAGAAAGAAUAAAAUAUUAAUCAUAUUACUAUUAAUGUAGCUAUGGGUAGUUUUUAGAUUUUUUUUGGUCUUUAUUUUUUCAAUCCAAAUACUUCCUCUUAGUCUAUUUUAUACCGAAGACGAGCAGAAUCCUUGGGAAGGCAAUUAUUUAAAGUCUAAGCCCAAAUAUAAAUCAGAUCUGAAUGGCCUCUACCAUAUCAAAAGACCAUAAUUUUCAGCUGUUUAAAUUCCCAGAUGCUGCUUGGAGCACUCUGGGGCUCAAAGCAGUGCAGGUUUUUUGUGACUUUUAUCUGGCACAUUGAAGCAGAAAUGCAUUUUAUGAGAUUUUGGUGCCUGGGAUAAAAAGAUGUCCAGUGCUUUCCUUCUCCCUCAUCAUCUCAUUUAAGUUUUGCCUCCUGUCUAGUUGGUUUCUUAACUGCUAAAAGAUGCAAGAACCAAGAUUGGAAGCUUUUAAUUCAGAUUGUGCUGGUCUCCCACCACUGGUGUAGCAUCCCUUUGGGCAGCUCAGACUGUCAACACGUAGAACCACAGCCAAAGGUUGGGAUGACAAGUUAGCAGUGUUCUCCUUUGAGGAACAGCCCCCUUGGAGCAUUUGCUUACAACUUUAUUCUCCACUGCUUUGUACUUCAUGUGGUUAUUUGUGAGGAAGUGACUCCAAAAGCCUGUCAAAUUAAAAUUGCCACAGACGUAGGAAAGUGGGUAAAUCUAGCUGGCUAGCACUUUGUAGAACUAUAGGUAGCCAUAUAGGUGGUGGAACAGGCUGAAGAGGCAGAUCUGUAUAUCCACAUGAACAGAGAAAAGUUCCAAAUUAUGACUUCUAUUAAAAGUAUUCACUUAAAAUAUUUUACCAAAGUACUUUUUUUUUUUUUUUUAGCUUUCACUUUUACCCAACCAGCAAAGAUCACAUUCAGAUGUAUAUUUUGUUUGGGCUGUUGUUUGUUUUCUCUGCUUUUGUAUUCUAGGAGGUAAAAACUCAUUUCACUGUUCUGGAAUGUCUAUAUUUUGUUCCUCAUGUUCAUGUGUGUUGCUGUAAAUCAGCUGGACACACUGCAAUGGAAACUUCACUGUGUGCUUCUGGGCAGGGGGUUCUUGCAACAGGCCUCUGUGACACACUUGUUCCCAAACUACUCAUCAUAUUGUUAACUUUUUUAAAAAAGAAAAAAAAAAAAGCAAAAAAGGAAGAAUAGAGGUUUUGCCAUUUUUAGUAUUGUAGAAUCAACACAAGUGUAAAAGAGCGAGCUAGUGCCUGUUCACAAACCAGAAUUUUUUAGCUGAGGGACUGAACUUGCCAGCAAUUUAGCUAUAUUAGGAGCCAGAGUGAGCAUUUGCAAGUUGAAGCACUGAGGUUCUGUUAUCUUUCAAAUCAGUGCUGGUGCACGAAGUAAACAAAAUCCUUACCUGCAAUCCCAUGGCAACGUAGUCACGUCUUUACUUUGGUGCACUAAGCAAUUGGUUCAUCCCUCUUAGAAAACCUCAACUGUUCUUUUAUCUGAAAAUCCUUUCUUGGGGUUCAGGUUGGAGCUGCAUUUAAAAUACAAAAAGGUUAUAAAUGAAUGACAGGAGAAAAUAAAUAAUCAUAUUCAUACGAGUAGAGUUGAAAGGAAGGAGAGGCUAAGGUAUGGCUCUCAUACUUUCCAAAAGAUUUGCAGCAAAUUGUAUCUUCUUUAAUAACAUCUGUGUAGAUAAAUUAUAAAGUCCUGGUGAAAAUAAAAUGUUCCACUGUGCAAACAUCCCUUGUUACAUAAAGAACCUACAAUAAAAAUAGUAACAUUCCUUACAAAGAUUGAAUUUGAAAGCUGCCAAACAAGAUAAACACUUGGUCGAAAAGGAGGCUGCCAUUUUGUGACCCUUCCUCCAAAACUAACACAAGCUUCUUUAAUUAAUUGCUCAUUCAUUUGUUUCCCUCUAAGCCAUUUCUGUUGAUAUGCAUUACAUAGCAUUAAAUGCAACUUGAUCUACUGUUGCUCACAAUGUUGCAACCUAUUACUGGAUAUGCUGUAAAUCUUUCAUAUUCCCACAAUGUGCAAAUUGAGCCCAAAAUUGCCCAAGCAUUGAAAGGGCUGAUUGCAGCAUGAACCCACAAUCAGUAGCCUUUCUGCAGCAGACAUCAACAGAUUCAAUUCUGCUUCUCCUGCUGCUGUUUAUGUGUGUGUAUGUGACACUGAUAUUGAAUUUCUCUGCCCUCUGCCAUUUCUGCCGAGAGAGGAUGGCAAAGAAGAUAAAAAUGGGGAGCAGAGGUGAAAGGGAUACUUGUUACCUUCAACAAGUUAACUGUCAUUUAUGAAGUUUUUUAAAAUAUUUAUCUUCAAUUGAUGAAGAGUUAGUCAUGCCCGUGCUGCAAGACCUGGAUCAGGACCCAAAACUUCCCUGGAACUCUGAGAAUCUUUGUAUCUGGGGGUUUGGUGCAUCCACAGAUGGAAGAGAGGAUCAGCCACUGGGUUUGCACCUGGAUCCAGACAGGUUGUCCCCAACCUGGGGAUAGUUGGAUCUGGCAGUUUGCUACAAGGCUAGUUGAUUUUUAUAUAUAUAAUGAUCUGUAUGCAUUUUUACAUUAAAAAUAUGAAAGCUUGUGCUUGUAGAUAAUAACAAAAAAAAAAAAUAAAAAAGAAAAAGCAAAUAUAGUGUUUUCUGUACUGAACUCUCACAUAUUGAUGUUCCAUUAGAUGUCUCCAGUGUUCCUUCCAGCUAUCAAGGGGCCAGUUUCAAAAGCUAUGAUUUGGUUCUUAUUUAAUCUUUAUCUAAGGAAAACAAACAGUGAAUUUUACCAGAAUAAGCACUGAAAAAUUUGGAUCAUUUUACUUGAACUUAUUUGGCUGUUAGUCCUGGAAUAGAGGAGUCAAACAGCAUCUACAGUGAGGCACAGCUCCAAAUGUCCUUGCUAACUGUUUCAAGGCUGAUGAAAAAAGUUACAGGGUAAUUAACUAACCUCAGUGAAACCCACCAAAAUCUGUCCUGCCAAAUAAAUAACACAGACCUUGAUCCCAAGCUUCUGAGGUGAAAUCCUGGCAUAAGAAAUCUGGGAGAUUUAUGCUGGUGAUUUGGACAGAGGCGACUUUUCACCUGCUGCCAACUCCGCCCCUGUUAAAGGAUAAUUCACUGUUAAAGGAUAAUCCACUGAGGAGGAUGUACAUAAUUUGUACCUUAUGAAAGGUACAUUAUAUGAAUGGUAAAUAAUCAAAGAGAGCAUGGGUAUUAAGCUGUAGCAGAGGAAGCUUCAGCACUGAAAAGGAGAGUUUAAUCCAUUCUUUUUCCCCCAAACUUGGGCCAACCAAAUGGUGAACAGGAGUGGGGGUAUAAGAAUGGUAUAAGAAUGUCACAACAGGCAGAGCACUGCAUAAAACCUGGGUGAAACCUCCCAACACCACUCGCUGUCUGCCUCUGGAGCACUACAAAGCAGCCUUGGGCUCUGUCAAGCCACAGAACAUUAUUUUGCUCCAGUCAAAAUAAUGUCUCCUGCACAGUAAGUAGCUGCAGUCAUAAAGGCUAUGCAUAAACAGUCUUGGGGUUCCUUUCAUCUUUUUCUUUAAUGGCUCAAUACAUAUGCAAAUCAUAAGAAGGAAAAGAAAAAGAGACUUUAAUUAACAGAGGCUUCCUGGCAUUUUGAUGUAUCUGCCUUUAUGCUCUUAGCAAAAUUAAACAUAUAAUGAAAACAGUGUCA